AUGAAGUUCUUGUCGCUCUUUAGUUUCUCUCUAGCAGUCACUGCCUGCCGCAGUACACCAUCACCCCAAAAGUCGGCCAAGAUCGACGUUCACUCUCAUUUUGUUCCGGAUUUCUAUGCAAAGGCCUUGAGAGAGGCCGGGCAUGUACCUGGUCCAGACGGCAUGCCCGGUAUCCCUGAAUGGGAUACCGAGUCUCAUCUGCAGUUCAUGAAGGAAAACAAUAUCGAAAAGUCGAUCUUGUCAAUCUCAAGUCCCGGAGUCUACCUCAAUGUUCCCUCCAAAGAAGCCACUAAGAAAGCUAUCAAGCUGGCCCGUCGAGUCAACCAGUAUGGAUCUCAGGUUAAGGCCAAAUACCCUAAGCAGUUUGGCUUUUUUGCGUCACUUCCGCUGCCUGACAUCAAGGCUUCCUUGAAAGAGAUUGACUACCUCUUUAAACAGAUCAACCCUAAGCCAGAUGGAAUCGUCAUGAUGUCUAACUACUAUGGGUUGUACCUCGGUGACCGUGACCUUGAGCCCAUCUACGAUGCACUCAAUGAGCUCAAUGUCACUAUUUUUGAGCACCCUACGACGCCAUGCACUCAGUUUAACAAGCUGCGAUUCGACAUUGACAAGAGCGCUCCCUCCAUCUCGCAGCAACAGUGGCAGGCUCUCAACCGGCCAGUGGCCGUUCGACAGUUCGCUGCUCCUACCUUGGACUUCCCUUUCGAAACAGCGCGCACCUUUGCCGACUUGUUCUACACGUCAAUGCCGACCAAAUUCCCCAACCUCAAGUGGAUCAUGUCCCAUGCUGGCGGUGGUCUGAUCCCAACACUGGAUCGCAUUAUCACCUAUAGCGCUCUUUACCCUGGUCUCAACUUGACAGAGGAUUCCAUGAAGCAAGCACUCUCUGAGAGCUUCUACUUCGACCUUGCCGGACCUUGGCCUGUCAACUACGCCAUUCCCGCAUUGCUUCGAUGGGUCGAUUACACGAGAAUCGUUUGGGGAUCUGACACUGUCUUCACGCCAAUGUCAUCAGCUGCGAAGUAUGCUGCUGCCUUCGAUAAGGAUGUUGAAGAGGUAUUCCCGGAUCCUCGAAAGGCGAACGCUAUUCGAGCGACUAAUGCUCGAGCCUUUCUGGCCGCCAACUCAACUGGUGUUGGUGUUCUGGUAUGCCCUGGAGGUGGCUACAGUGUGAUGUCUAUUAGCUACGAAGGAUUUGGUCCGGCAGAGUACCUCAAUACGCUUGGCAUCGACGCAUGGGUUCUUAACUAUACAACGGCCAGCAUCAAAACUCCGCCACUGUAUCCAACACCCAUAGAUGAAGCCCUGGCUGCUGUAGAGCUCAUUCGAAAGCAGAGCCCCGGAACCAAGAAAUUGGGUGUCAUGGGCUUCUCAGCUGGCGGCCAUCUCGCGGGAACAACCCUCACGACUCCGAAGGCAAAGCUCGACUUCGGUAUUCUGAGCUACCCGGUUAUCACGAUGGAGGACGACUACACUCACGAGAACUCGCGCUAUAACUUGCUUGGAAACAACCCAGCCCGCAAACAGAUUGAAAGCCUCUCCGUACAGAACCGAGUUUCAGACAAGACCCCGCCGACGUUCCUUUUCCAUACUUCCAAUGACGAACUCGUCCCGGUUCAGAACACAUAUCUUUACGCAAAUGCUAUGGCUAAGCAUGGUCGAAAGGUUCAGGUAGUGGUAUUGCCUGACGGGAAGCACGGCAUUGGUCUGGGCGUUGAUGAUCCUGUGCGAGACUGGAGACCGGAGCUGGAAAGGUUCCUCAAAUACUCGAUUUAGGUAAAGUCCAAUUUGGCGAAUUUACAUAAGGCCUCUAAAAUGGCCCUAUGAAUAUUCUUAACUUAGAGCAUCCUCACGCCAAC